GUAAAAUAGAACUAGUGGUACAUAGAGUUACGAGGGCUCUGAUCCUGCUUUAAGAACGACUUGGCUAUUUCCCGAACUUCACAUACACAUAUAAUGUGCAUGUUCUAGAUUUUCAAUACUAGUUUGAAGAUGCCGCCACCACUGACCGGGAAGUGGAACUGACUCCGGUUUCUGCAGGUUUCAGCUUUUCAGUCAUGGGUCUCGUUUCAAAGUUCAGUGGCCGUAGAGAAGCGUGGCCUUACACCUGAUAAUAUUAAGUCAGUAGAUGUUGUGCAAAUACGAGGUGACGUAAAUAAAUACGUAACGAAACAAGGUGAAAAUGGCAAAUUCAUUGGAAUCGCUAGUAAAUUUGCUGGAGUCUUAUAGGGGAAGAGACAAAGUGAUUAGAACUCUGUGCUACGGGUCCCUGUUAGCUGGUGGGAUCGUUUCCCAGAGAGGACCAGGAUCGUCACAGCUGGGAAACAGACUGCUGCUGUUUUCAUCUCAGCUCAGCGACUGUCGCACCGUCCUGCGUCUCUUCGAUGACCUUUCCAUGUUCGCUUACACUUGGAGUUACGGCUUAGGCGUCUCUGAGGAAGAUGCGGGAGUGCGCUGGAUAUGCGUGAUUAAUAAUCUGGCCGAUCAGUUGUACUACCCAUUGGAGCACAUUGCAUGGGCUGCUGAUGCUCGGCUCAUCGGCGUUAAGUCCGCGAGGUGGUGGACGCUGAGCACGUUGAUGUGGGCCGUAUCGCUGCUGAUGAACAUUCUCAGGUCAGUCAGAGUCAUUCUGCUGCUGAGGAAGAAGAUGAGGAAAAAUAGGAGAACCAAUCAGAGAGAGGGGAGUGAGGCCGCGGUGAGUAGGAGCACUGAGGUCCAGCAGCAGGUGCACAGCGAAGUUCUCUCUAUCUUCUCCAGUAUGGCCGACCUGAGCAACGCGAUCCAUUGGCUGCCUCCGGGUUUUCUCUGGUCCAGCCGAUUCCCUCAUUGGCUAGUGGGACUUAUGGGCACAGUGUCGUCUCUGAUUGGCUUAUACCAGACAUAUUCUGGUAGAAGGGCUAAUGACUAGUGUAUUCACAUUUUAUGAAGAAUAAUUGCCUAGCCUCUAAUGGAGUGUUUUAGAGUUCUCUUGGAUUCUUGGAUUCCAGCCUUUCAUCGUAAACUUUGUAAAACACUAUAAACAGUGUAAAUAUGUUGUUUUUCAAGUUACUGUUCUUUUGUCUCUUUUUUGAGAUUGCAGUCUUUAUGACACAAAUUGUUAACGUUACCUAAAUGAUUUCUUUUGACUGUUUAAAUGAUUAUGUCUCGAUGUUUAAUCGUAUUUUAUGACGCAUUGUGUUUAGCAGGAUUUAUUCAGAUUUGUCUGACAACAGAAACUUUUUUUUCACUAGUUUUUAUUUGUGUAGUUGCCGUAUAGCUGUUAAUAAUCUGACAGUUUUCCCUGCUGUUUCUGUAAAUAUGUUCAACUAUCCUUGUUCAUUAUUGACUUGAAAACUGAAUAAAUUUCUAUACAGUG